UAUUCAUAAUCUUCCUGCUUUAAUUCCAAGGAAGACUUGCCAAGUCAAGCCCUUAGCAGAGAUUGUUCUAUUAUAAAGAGAAGUGCGUAAGCUGUCUAUCACAUACCAAUUUACCAAACAAAAAUAUUAUCAUGAUUCAAAGCCAGUCUUAUUGCUUUGGUAUUAUUAUUACCAUCUGUUUCCUCUUUUGCCUUCCUCCCUUACAAAACACCGUUGCUUCUCCCACACGGUCCCUGUGCCGCCGCGACCAAAGAGAUGCUCUUUUGAAGCUUCAAAAGGAGUUCCCGAUCUAUUCUGACUUCAGCUAUCAUGUAACAACAACUUCAUGGAACAAGAGCAUUGACUGUUGUUUUUGGGAGGGUGUCACGUGUGAUGCUAUUUUGGGAGAGGUGAUAUCACUUAAACUUGUUUCCUAUAUUGGCAACACCUCUUUGAAAACUAGCAGUGGUCUUUUUAAACUCCAACAUCUCCGUUCUCUAGAUCUUUCAGAUUGCAAUCUCCAAGGAGAGAUUCCUUCUUUGAUUGGAAAUCUUUCUCAUCUCACACAUCUUUCUCUUUCCCGUAACCAAUUAGUAGGUGAAGUUCCUAUUACGAUUGGAAAUCUUUCUCAUCUCACAUAUCUUGAUCUUUUUAGCAAUAAAUUAGUAGGUGAAGUUCCGACUUCAAUCGGUAACCUAAACCAACUAGAUUACAUUAAUCUUGGAAAAAAUUAUCUUAGAGGUAAUAUUCUUACUUCAUUUGGCAACUUUACGGAGCUUUAUGAAUUAAACCUCCGUGAAAAUCAAUUCACUGGUGGGAUUAGCGUAUUAGCCAAUUUAACCAGCUUGUCCGAAAUAGACAUCUCCCUCAAUCACUUCAAAUCCUCGUUUCCCUCUUAUGACCGCCGCCACAACCACCUGUUUAUAUUUUCGGGAUAUGGAAACUCCUUUUCCGGACCGUUUCCAACAUCCUUGCUCAUGCAACCUUUCUUAGACAAGAUUGAUUUAAGCGGAAACCAAUUCGAGGGAUCAAUUGAUUUUGAGAAUACGUCGUCCUCGACUAUGCUUAGAGAGUUACAUGUCGGCGGCAACAAUUUUGAUGGACUAAUCCCAGAAUCUAUAUCGAAACUAGUCAAUCUUGAAGGUCUAGUUCUUAGCCACAACAAUUUCCGAGGAGAAAUCCCUAGAUCUAUAUCAAAAUUAGGCAAUCUCUUUUCUUUAGAACUUAGCCACAACAAUUUAGGAGGGCAAGUCCCUAAAUCUAUAUCAAAGUUAGGCAAUCUCUACUCUCUAGAUCUCAGCCAUAACAAUUUCGGAGGAGGAGUCCCUAGAUCUAUGUCAAAAUUAGUCAACCACCUCACUUUGAUUGAUCUUUCCCACAAUAAAUUGGAAGGUCAAGUACCUCAGUUUUUUUGGAGGUUUCUGGCUUUUUCGUCAAUAAAGCUUUCUCAUAAUUCGUUCACUAGCUUCGAGAAUCCAGUGGAAGUUAUCAAUGGUGCAUCAAUGGAAGAGUUGGAUUUUGGUUCAAAUUCACUCCAAGGACUAAUUCCCCAAUGGAUUUGCAACUUCACAGAUUUGUAUUUAUUAGAUUUGUCCAACAACCAUUUCACUGGCUCGAUUCCUCAAUGUUUGAAGAAUUCUCAUCUCAUUGGGUUAAAUCUGAGAAACAACAGUCUAAGUGGAUUUCUGCCAGAGUUGGAUAGCUUGAUGUCACUUGAUGUCAGCUACAACAAUUUGGUGGGAAAACUUCCAAAAUCUUUGAUCCAUUGCGAGUGGAUGGAGUUUCUUAAUGUGCAAGAAAACAAGAUCAAGGACACGUUUCCAUUUUGGUUGGGCUCUCUACAAAACUUAACGGUUCUUGUACUUCGAUCAAAUGCCUUCUAUGGUCCUGUCUAUAACUCCUCUGCCUAUUUAGGGUUUCCAAGUAUGAGGAUCAUUGACAUAUCCGAUAACAACUUCGUUGGAUCGUUACCACAAGAUUAUUUUGCCAAUUGGACUGAAAUGUCUAAGGUGUUUGAGAGUAAUGAAGACAUACCAGAGAUGAACUACAUGAGCUAUAACGCUUCCACCAUGUAUGAUUCCAUUGAUUUGGUGUACAAAGGAGUAGACACAGAUUUUGUUCGGAUCUUUAAAGCCUUGAGAGUCAUUGAUUUUUCUGGUAACCAAUUUUACGGAUAUAUCCCUAGAAGCAUUGGUCUAUUAAGCGAAUUACGUCUUCUCAACUUGUCCGGCAAUGGAUUCACAGGCAACAUCCCACCAACCUUGGAAAAUAUUACAAAGCUCGAGACAUUGGACCUAUCGCGGAAUAACUUGUCAGGUGAAAUUCCUCAAGGUCUCGGGAAGCUCUCGUUUCUGUCCAUUAUCAACUUCUCCUACAAUCAUCUUGAAGGACUGUUGCCACGGAGUACACAGUUUGGAAGUCAAAAUUGUUCUUCAUUUGUGGGUAAUUCGGGACUAUAUGGCCUCGAGAAUAUUUGUGGAGAAAGCCAUCAACCCGAUGAUGAAUCCUCGUCUGAACCAGAAGAACCAGUGCUUAAUUGGAUAGCAGCCAUGAUAGCAGUUGGACCUGGUGUGUUUUGUGGAUUAGUGAUUGGACAUAUCUUCACUUCAUACAAACACGAGUGGUUUAUAGCUCGUUAAACCUAUCUCUCUCACAGUUUUCGUCAUGUUUGUACUCCGGUUUGUAGUUCGUUAGGUGUUUAUUCUCUUGUAAUUUGUUCGUUUCGUGGUUUUCUUUUAAACAAAUGUCAAUGUUAUAAGCUGUAAUGUUCUCACCAUUUUGUGUAAUAUGA